UGUUAAUCGUUAUUAUUAACCUCGGCGUUCGGAUUUUAAACGAUAGAAUAAAUGUUUUAUGUCUUCAACACACUUCGAUAAUUCUCACUAUUGCCAUACUUUUCGAAAAGAAAAAAAAUUAGAAUAAAAUUAAAAUAAAAUAAAAAUCGAAAACUAAAAAAACGGAAUGUGAUAUCCUGUCCCAAUCCUUCCGUCCAUUUGUAAAUGUCAUUUUUUUUCUCGAACAAACUUGAGUCACCAUGAUGUAUGCGACUGUGUAGUUUUGUGAUAUCGGGUGAAAUUUUGCACGUAAAGUGAAAUGAUAAAACCGGGAAUAACUUUUGAAAAACUAUAAUCCGCAACGCGUGCGUCACGAUCGGCGAUAUUCGUUUGAAUUUUUGAUUCGAAUUAAGAAUGCCAUCGAUAUAAAUCUGUGGGUAUGAUGUUUUUCUCUUUCAGCAGUGUCCUUAGGACUGAAUCGUAUAUAAUUAACGCCGUACGCAUAUGAUUUAUAUUUAUUGUCUUCGACGAAGGGGUAUAAUUUUUUCGUGAUAAAAUAAAACACAAUGAUGUGUCAAUAAGGUACCAGGUAAACUCAUGAACGCGAUGGAGUGUGAAGAUAAUACAAUUGUAAAACUCACAUAUUUGCCAUCUACGAUGUACUUAUAGUAGUGAGUUUUUUUAUUUUUUUUUGUUUGACUUUUUUCUGCAUUUUUUAAUUUUCUUUUUUGUAAUUUCCCCGACCACUUGACGACGACAGUGCGGUAAUGGGAACCCUACUCCGCGUACAUUGAACGAUUCCCCUGCCCAGACUUUGGGAGACAAAAGAAAAUAAAAAGAUAAAGGGAGAUGAGUGCGAAGAGAUACGACGAAUAGGACGAGCAUCAUGCGGGGAUUAUCGCCGAAAUCGUUGUGUCUGUUUAUUUUGAUGAUUUGUGACCAAGUUUUGAGUUCGCUGGAAAAACCGUACUCGAAAAAUCACACGCUGAAAGAACGUGCGAAGGACGAAAGGAAUAUUAUCGAGGAUUUUUUUUUGGAUUUAAAAAAUAGUAAAGACUUUGUAAAAUAUAAACCACGUCUGGUAACGAUUGCCGGUGUUUCGCGAAACGACGACGUUCAAAGAGCCCUCAAACCGUUGUUUCGAAAUUACCCUUACAUCAUUUGCACGAAUGGCGAGAAAUGCGAAUAUCCCGAGAUAUUUAGCCGAGGAAAUUUCGCCGUAAUUUUUCUGAACAAUUUGACCGAAACGACAUUCAUGCAAAAUAUAAAAAUCAUUUCGCGCUGCAGAAAAUGCAGAGUUCUGUUUUUAUGCGGUGGAAUAAUUGAGAGCGACGAUGUACAGCUGAUAUUCAAUCUAGCUCUGAAACAGAACGUAGCCCACACCGAAUUAGCGCAUUUUAAUCCGCAAAGCAUCGACCUGUACAGUAAAAUUUUGGGAGAAAAUUGCACGAUGGAGGCCGGUCUGAUAGACGUUUGGAGACCGGGAACCGGUUUGGAAAAAAUCAACCGAUGGGCCUACAGAUAUUACGACCGUAAGGGUUGUCCCGUGGUGGUCAGUUCGAUGAACUUCGCCCCGAAAAUGAUAAUAGAGGAGUACAAAAAUGGUUCGCGAAAAAUAGUCGGGGGACUGGAGGGUAAUUUAAUAUUGGAAGCAGCGCGUCGGUUGAACUUCACUGUUGUGUUGAAACACCCUUCGGUGGUCGACCGGAUGAAAUAUUCUCAAAAAUCGGCUAUAAUGAUCGACAUCGUAUUUGAAAACGCGGAAAUCGGUAUCGGUAGAUUGAGAGAGAACAAUUUUCUUCUCACAAUUAUGGAUUUCUCAGUGCCGUUCGACAGCGAAUGCGUGACAUGGGGUGUGCCCCGGAUAAUGAGCUGGUCCGAUGACAUAGUUUUUGUCGAAUUUUCAAAACUGGUUUGGGCAGCGGUCACGAUAAUGUUCGUCUUCAUAUGUCUAAUAGGAUACGUUCAUCGACAGUCGACUCUAAUCGAAGCCGACGAUAAAAAUAUCUUUAGGAUGGUAUCGGUCACCUGCGACGUCUUCGCGCUCCACCUGGGCAAUUCGGUACUUUGGGUGACCUCCUCCCCCGGGGGAAGAGUCUUGUUGAUGACGUGUUUGUGUUACGCUACGGUGAUGACAACCGCGUACAAAACUUCGCUGGCGUCGAUUUUGGCGACGGAUAAAGGUACGUCGACGAUCGUCGACGCCCAGGGUAUCAUCAGGGAAAAUUUGAGCGUCGGAGGGGCGUUCUACGAUUGGAAUAUCCUGAAGGAUCAAGUGAACGAGAGCGAAAUCAGCGCCGAACUGUUCAGACGAUUUGUCAUUAACAACGACGAUUCGGAGUCGAAACGUAGGCUGAUACACGAUCACGAUUUUGGCUUUUUGGCGAGCCGUUCGUGGCUCAGUUACGAGAGACAAGAAAUCGUGAGAGCCCACGAAUCCGUAACGUUCGACGUUUUCGAUACGUGUGUACUGGCCCAUCCUACGGUGGUCAGUUUUCCGAACAAAUCGUUACUGAGAAAACCGAUGAAUCGAAUCAUUCGGCAAUUGACGGAAUCCGGAAUCUUCAACCAUUGGGACCUCGGUAGUGAAAUAAAUGCCGACAUAAUGUUAUCGCGUGAGAACGACCAGAAUAAUAUCGAUUACAGCGCUGCUCAAAAAUUUCAAAAUUUAUUCAUCAUGUAUUCGGUUUGCAUUUUUUUCUGUCUCCUCGUCUUCGUUAUAGAACUUGUCGUCCCGAAGGUACGAUCGGAAAACCGACGAGACACUGGCAAUAAAUAUUUGUAACUGUACGAAGUUCAGAAAAAAA